AUGUUCCGCGCGCAGCAGAACGCAUUCGACGAUGCAGUCGCCAAGGCGACCGACGAGAAUUUGACCGCCGAGAACUGGGAGUAUAUUCUGGAUGUUUGUGACAAGGUUGCUGCGGAGGAGUCCGGUGCGAAGGAUGCCGUGGCUGCCUUGAUCAAGAGGCUUGCGCAUAGGAAUGCCAAUGUGCAACUGUAUACUUUGGAGUUGGCGAAUGCUUUGGCGCAGAACUGUGGGCCGAAGAUUCACCGUGAACUGGCGUCGAGAAGCUUCACGGAUGCCCUUUUGCGUUUGGCUGGCGAUCGGGUGAUUUGGCGCGCCCGGCAGAACACACAUCAACAGGUCAAAGCCAAGAUCCUGGAGCGCAUGCACGAAUGGACGGAGAUGUUUGCUAGUAACCCCGAUUUCGGGAUCAUGGAGCAGGCGUACAUGAAGCUGAAGACUCAGAAUCCAAACUUGCAACCUCCUUCGAAACCAGGCAAGCGAGAAAUCACCGAGCAAGAUCGCCAGAAGGAAGAAGAGGAGUUACAGAUGGCUCUUGCGCUCUCGAUCAGGGAGAAGCCCUCCGCGGCUCCUCAGGCCCAGCCGCAAGCCGGCAGCUCCAGUGCCGCAGCACCCGUCAGUGAGUCUCCGGUGGCCGCACCAGCCCAGCCUGUUCCCUCCGGAACCUCCGCGGCCACCGUGUCGCGGGUGCGGGCACUGUUUGAUUUCCAGCCCUCCGAGCCCGGUGAAUUGCAGUUCCGCAAGGGAGAUGUAAUUGCUGUUCUGGAAUCGGUUUACAAAGAUUGGUGGAAGGGCUCUCUGAGGGGCCAGACGGGUAUCUUCCCUCUCAACUAUGUCGAGAAGUUGCCCGACCCUACGGUUGAGGAGCUGCAGCGGGAAGCUCAGAUGGAGGGAGAGGUCUUCGGGCAGAUCAAGAACGUCGAGAAGCUUCUCACACUUCUGAGCACUCGCAGUUCCGAGCUCAAUGUGCAGGACAAUGAGGAAAUCACGACUCUGUAUCACUCGACCUUGGCCAUCCGGCCGAAGUUGAUCGAGCUCAUUGGCAAAUACUCCCAAAAGAAGGAUGAGUUUACGCAGCUCAAUGAGAAGUUCAUCAAAGCCCGGCGCGACUACGAGUCGCUUCUGGAGGCGUCAAUGUCCCACCCCGCACAACCCCAGUAUGGACGGCCGGCUCAAGCUUCUUACGGAUAUCCGGCCCCGGUAGGAUAUCCGCAAGCCCCGCCCCAGGCUGAUCCUCAGCGAUACUUCAGUCCUCGUCCUUCAGAAGCCCAACCUGCGCAGUCCACUCCUACCCCUUACUAUGGAGGAGAACAAGCUCACGCGUACCCUCCCACUUCACAGUCCCCUGAUCCGCGUGUCACACCUCCCGCGGGCGCCCCGUAUCAGCAACAGCAGCGCCAGUCCUCGAACGAGUUCUAUCAGCCCACACACCACCGUCCCGAGUCGACAUAUGACAACCCGCAAGAACUAGGUACUUCUGUCUACGACUCUCCUGUCGAACAUCGCCCUCAGUAUCCCGGACAAGUCCUACCGCCAUCUUCAGCGCAGCCACCUUUCCCGGCUCAGCAACAACCGCCGCCGCCGCCGCAGCAGCAGCAGCCGGAAUUCCCACCAUCUUCUUACCCUCCUGAAGACGCCAGCCGACCUCCAGCCGGGGCCAGCGCCCCCCACCACCAAGCACAGCCCCCCUACCCCACCCAUCAACCAGCUCCGAUGCACCAGCCUCCUCCAGUGCCAGGCACAGCAUCCACACCCACACCCUACCCUUCUCUUACCCCCGGCGCAGGCUCUUACCAGGCAUACAGCCCCUCGCAAACCGACGUGUCCAACCCUGCUUCGUACUACCGGUAA